CGUUCCUCCACCAGUCACCCUCGACGCUCAGCUCGCCACCGCACCGCUGCCCGUCUCAUCCGAUGAAGUGUGUCUACCUCCUCGUCCUCGCUCUCUCCUCGUCUGUCGCCUAUGGCCAGAGGGUAACCGCCACCGACGCGUACGGCGAUAUCAUAGUCGAAUCCGUCACCGAAGAUGCCCUCGGUGACCCCACCACACUGAUACUUUCCACUAUUCCUGCAUCCACCACCGCAAGGUCAGCAACAGCUACUGGAACAACCACAGUAAGAACGGCCACUACGGCCGCCACGGCUACCACCACUGCCGCACCUAAUCCCGGUCAAGUCGAGACACCUGGCCAGGGUGGCGACGCGGGCGACCCCACCCCGUUCACCUACACCACUACCGAUGCAAACGGCAACUACGUUCAGCGCGUAGGCACCUUUGAACCCACCGCCCCCGCCACCGCUCUUCCAAACCCAACGACCACCGGCGUCAUUCUCCAGUAUAGCUCUUGGCUCGCCCUGGUAGGCACCAACACCAUUGCUGCCUCUGGAGGCGCAGCUCCCGCUUGGAAUCCAUCUCGGGGAUGGUAUGGAGCUGGUUUGAGCAUCAUCGCCAGUGUGGCUGGCGGAAUUUGGAUCUUUCUCUAACAUGUUUGACUGACAUGCUUACUCGACGGACUCUUCACGAGACGCCAUGGUCUUUCCUUGAAAGUUUGACGGACAGACUUGUAUACACUCAGCAUGAUAUCAUCGUUACUUUAUUCCCUUUGACGAGUCCGCUACUUAUUCUUACGACUUGUUUCGUUAGCUGGUUUUGUUCGCGCUUUUAGUUCAAGUAGGAUUAUCCACAGUAAUAUUGAGUAUCACUCUC